UGUCAUUCGAAAGCGUUCCACGUCCGUGUUGCACACUUUAAUUGCUCAGAGCCAAUCAGCGUGCAUCGACAAUUCCGAGGGUAUAGCGGGUAUCCACAUUCCCCCGUCCAGUCUCCUCACACGCCUUGCCGUUAACACAACGGCCGCGACCCACCACCGACAUGACGAAGACGGGCCAGAUCGACAUCUCGGAGGAUCCCACAACAGAUUCGAACGGGGGCGGCGUCGUCAACACGGGAUUCAAAUGGUCGUCAGGUGAUCGUCUGGAGGCCGUUGGCAAUGAGAUCAAGGUCUUCCCUGAGGUAAAAGAGAAUGGACAGGAAGCGAAGGCGGAACACCAGAAGGCGGGGGAGGAGGAGGAGCGGCAGCAGUGGGGGCACCCCAUCGAGUUCCUCCUUUCCUGCAUCUCCAUGUCCGUCGGGCUGGGCAACGUGUGGAGAUUCCCGACCACGGCCUUCAAUAAUGGGGGCGGCGCCUUCCUCAUCCCCUACAUCAUCGUGCUCAUCUUCAUCGGCCGGCCGCUUUACUUCCUGGAGCUGGCCAUUGGACAAUUCUCAUCCUGCAGUUGCGCCAAGGUCUGGAAGAUGGUGCCCGCGGUCAAGGGCGUCGGAUACGGACAAAUAAUCGCAACGUGGGCCGUGGUGACGUACUACUGUGCCCUGAUGGCGCUGACGGUGUUCUACUUCGUCAUGUCUUUCAACAAGGUGCUGCCGUGGUCCGUGUGUGACGAGGCCUGGGCGGACGAGAACUGCGUCGACGCCUCCGGCACCAACUUCACCUACAGCAACAACUCGCAGUCGUCCUCGGAGCAGUUCUACUACAAUUAUGUGUUAAAAAUAAAGGAGGACAUCAGCGACGGCGUCGGGCUCCCUGACUGGCGCCUGACGCUGUGUUUGCUCUUCUCGUGGCUGAUGCUGUUCCUCACGCUGGCCUGGGGCGUCAAGUCUUCGGGCAAGGUGGCGUACUUCACGGCGCUGUUCCCCUACGUGGUGCUGUUCACGCUGCUCGGGCGCGGGGCGACGCUGCCCGGCGCCGUCGACGGGAUGCUGUACUUCAUCACGCCUCGCUGGCACAAGCUGCUCGACCCCAAUGUGUGGUUCGCCGCCGUCUCGCAGUCCUUCUUCAGCCUCUCCGUCGGCUUCGGCCCCCUCUUCAAUUUCGCCUCAUACAACAAAUUCUCGCAAAACGUAUACAGGGACGGGUGGAUCAUCAGUCUCACGGACACCAUCACCUCGCUGCUCGCCGGCUUCACCAUCUUCGCCAUCCUCGGCAACCUCGCCCACCUGCUGGACACGAGCAUCGAGGACGUGGUGCGCGGCAGCGGCGGCCUCGCCUUCAUCUCCUACCCUGACGCUAUCGCCAAGUUCAACUGGGCCCCGCAGCUGUUCGCGGUGCUGUUCUUCCUGAUGCUGUUCACGCUGGGCGUCGGCUCGGCGGCGGGCCUGGCGGGCUGCGUCAUGGGCGGCCUCAUGGACCAGUUCCCGUCCAUCAAGAGGGUCUACGUCGCCGCCUUCAUCUGCGCCCUUGGCUUCCUCUGUGGCCUCGUCUACGUCACGCCAGGUGGCCAGCAGAUACUGGAGUUGGUGGAUUUCUUCGGCGGCAGCUUCAUUAUCUUUUUCCUCGUAAUCAUCGAGGUGACGUCCAUCAUGUACAUUUACGGCUGCAAGAACCUGUUCCGCGACAUGCGCUUCAUGCUCGGGUUCGACAUCGACCUCCUCACCAAGGUGUGCUGGGUGGCUGUCACGCCGCUUCUGCUGAUUGUCAUCUUCGUAUACACCAUCAUUGUCUUCCAGGUGCCCACCUAUAACGGCGCGCCAUUCCCGGACUUAGCUUAUGUCUGCGGGUGGAUCCUGACUUGUGUAGCUGUUGGAGCCGUCCCCAUUGGAUUCCUCCACGCCCUUUACCGCUCCCCCGAGACCACGUUUGCAAAGAGGCUGCGAGGAUUGUUCGGGCCGAAGGAGAGCUGGGGGCCGAAGAGGCUGAACGACCGGCUGCAGUGGGAGAAGUUGAUACGGACGUAGUGUGUGUGUGUGUGUGUGUGUGUGUGUGUGUGUGUGUGUGUGUGACAAUAAGGUCUGAAAUGAUUAGUGUAAGGCAUGUCCUGUACCACUGUGCAACGCAAUAAUAAGAAAUGAAUCACUACUUCCCCUAAA